AUGGAAGACGAGUUGCAUUCAUCCUUAAUCUCCAGCUGCAAUCAAACUUUUGAGAUGUGUUCCUCCAAUUUAAACAUUGAUGGCAUGUCGAAACUUAUGAAAUCAUGUGCUGCUGAAAAGAAAUUUCUUGAAAAGAAAAAUCAUUACAGUUUGCAAGAACUUAAAUCAACCAACUUGGUUUUUAUUCAAGGUCUUUUAUUCUGUGCGCUAUUUUUGAAAAAUGUUUCUGCUGUUUUGAAACAUUUUAGUGGGUUAAAGCAUGGAAUCACAGUUGAUGUUAUCUUCAAUGGUGGCUCUUCAUGGGCUAAAGUUAUUACAAAAAGUUCUAAAACUUUAAAAAUUCUUUCAGAUGGUCAAUGCCAAUAUGGAACCAAACCCCUAACGAAGCAGGCCCAAGAAUACUUGAAUUUGGCUAACUUGAAUACAUUCAAUUUUAAUAUACCCAAAGUGUAUUUUAUUUUUUUCUAUGAAGUGCCACAAAAGUUGAAGAAUUUGUUAUUAAAAAUGAAUAUUAAUAUUCUCAUGAGUGAUGAAUUUUUACCAAAUAAUAUACUUGCAUCUAAACUAUGUUCAUGCUUGUUUCAAUUUCAUUCUUCAAUUGGUAGUAAUGAAACAUCUCAUGGAGAAAUUUCUAGUAGUAGUGAUGAUGAUGAUAGUAAUAGUGACAAAAAUAGUGAUGAUUAUAGUGGUGAUGAUACUAAUGAUCAAAGCGGUAAAUUUGUUGCUGACUGCAAUUUCUCAAUCACUGAGUCACAAAUGCCAUUAGAAACAGAUCAAACUGAGACCAUGCAAGCUGUUGAUGUUGACAAUGCAAAGUUAUUUCAUUCAUUGUGCUCUGUUGAUUGCAUAUGCAAGACUUAUGUUAGCAAUUUAGUAUAUGAUUCUUCUGAAAAAUAUCCUGGCAAAGCUAAUCUUGACAUCACAACAAUGAUUGCCCUGUGUAGUAACUUAUGUCACGGUGGAUGCCAUGUCAAAUUUCAACAAAACUAUUUAACUCUUCAAGCCAAUGAUGAAAAAUUAAAUCCACAAUUGCCUUUAAUUUUUCACAAGUUGAUUGGAAGAAAAAUUUGUGCAUGUGAAAGUGCAGUUAAAAUAUUUAAAGAAAUUGUAGACGUUGUUGGAGGAAAUAACGAAAAAAACAGAGCAAAAGUUUUACUAGAUUUUCUGCAGAUUAUACCAGAUCAGCCAUCAGAAAAAUUUUCAUCAUUUCAUAGUUCUCGUGUAAAUGAAAGGUCAAUUUGCAUUUUUGGCACUGGAGAUAAUAUAAAAGCUCUAACUUUAACAGCCAAUCAAGGUUUUGUACGAGCUCUUCAACAAAAAGGCGUUAAUUUAGUUGUUGCGUUACAUCAUGCUAGGUGUUUCACUGAACAAAAAGAAGUUGAUGCUUAA